AUGGGGCGUUCUGUGCAAGCAGAGCAGGGCCACUACGGCUGCCUCGAUGUUCUAUCAUCAUGCUUCAACAAAUCAUCCAAACUUCCACAUCAACCCCCCAGGCCGGACACACCGAAUGCUCGUCCAGCUUAUGCCAAACGCUAUGAGACUGAAUCGGGGCAGUCACACUUUCCGCUUCCACUCUCAAAUAUCUCAAAUGGAGCUUCCUCGGUUGUCUUGAACUUUCCCGACAGCCAAGUGCCGUCCAAAGGGGAUGAAAUUUCCCUUCAACCCCCCGACCGGCUCUCACACGAAGUGCAACAAGCAUCGGAUCUCUGGAAAGAGGCGUUCGAGGAACUUGACCAAGAUUACAAGAAAUCGAUCUCUGCGAAUUUGUCUUCCAUAGGCGAGGACCCGGUAGAACAAUUGAUCAAGCUCGUGCAAGAUAAGGAAGAAAGGUUCAAGGACAGGUCGGGCAAGAUCACAGUUGGAGACAAAGAGAUCCUAUGGAGGGACUGCGCAACGCGCGUCAUCAGUCUCCUUUCCGCUGCUGUCGACGUUGGCAUAAACUUUGCACCUACCCCUGGGCCAGCCGUCUGGUCGGCUUUGAAGGUUUUGCUCAAAGCACAUGUUGACUUGCGCAACGCCCUCGUCAACGCUUAUCGAAGUGCGCUUGAGCUUCUGGACUACGCGAGAACGAAGCUCGAGGAUGGCGUUGCAGUACGCCAAUUCUUCGAAGCCUUGUGGGAUCCCCACAAGACGAAAGACAAGCUGAACGAGCUCGAGGAAGCUGAGAAAAGCUUACAAGAAGUCGUACUAGCAUGCGAUAUCAAGAAGAAGUAUCUUCAAGAUGACUAUAGUCUGAGGCUUCUCAAUCGACUGAACGACCCACUGCGAUACAUCGACAGAAAGGUGACCAGGAUCCUCACGGAAAUGGAAGAUGACAAGCUCAUGAGAACACUCAAUUUUAUUUCCCAAAUCAAUGUGGGAGAUCAACACAUUGGUGCCGGCAAGUCAGUGCUCACAUCGAACAUAAUUGAUCGUUACCUGGUAAACGAUUAUGACCGAGAUAAGGUCGACAGCAACUUUGACGAAGGCUUCGCAUUUUUCUAUUACAGCAAGAACAACAAAAACGUCACAGAUGACCCAGUUAACAAUGUACUUCGAAGCUUUUUGCGGCAGCUGGCUCGAGUACCGCACUACGCGAAUAGAGUAUUCAAUGAUCUAGCCAGUCUAUGCCGAAACAUGGAAAGAGAUCAACGAGCCUUCACGCCAAACCUUUGUCGAGACCAAAUAUCACUACUUGUCAAGGCGCUACCGAGGACUACACUUGUACUUGACUCCCUAGACGAGCUGGAGCCCCUGCAGAUGCAGGAGAUUAUCAGCUUUUUGGUGAGCCUCGUUAAUACUUCUGAACGACCAGUCAAGAUAUUCGUCUCCAGUCGAUUCUCAACAGAUAUCUGCAACGAGAUCAACAAAGCCAACAACGAACCUACGCGUAUAGACAUCGCUGAACAGAAUCAACGAGAUAUCAAGACCUUUGUUCUCGAGGAGACCGAGAGAAUUGAUUGCCACUGGAGGAAUGACGAGAUUAGGGGGAAGGUCGUUGAAACGAUUAGCAAAGACGCCCGGGGAAUAUGGGCGUUCCUGCAACUUGAGAAGCUCAUCAAGUUGAUUUCCACCGAGGAUGUCACGGAUCAACUCGGGAAACUUCCUGUUGGGUUGACAGCAACUUACGACGAGUUGUACGCGAAGCCCGGAUCCCACGACGGGGCCAAAGACUAUCAGAGCAGGCCUUAG